GUCUCAAUAUUCAGGCAUCUUAGAACUCUUUGUUUCUUUUGUCUUCUGAAUAGAUUAUAUGAUCUUGAUCCUUAGUUUUGGUCAGAGAUUCUUCUGCGGUUGUAAUUAAAAUAAAUCUGUUUUACAUAUAAUGGUUAGAGUGUGUGUGGAACAAAUGAAUUACAAAAAAGAAUGUCAAAAUUCAUAUGGAAAUUUAUAUUUGGAGUUGUUCCAAAUCCGAAAAUUUAAUUCCAAAUGGAUUCAAAAUGGAACUAGAACAAUAUAUUUCAAACUUUAUUGGAGUUUUAAGAUGAUUAUGCUGGAUUUAAUGAAAAGUUGUAAAUAUAUACCUCUAAAUAAAAGGCUACCAAAAAACUACCCUUCAGCUGCCCUUCCCGCCCAUGCCGAAUACCUCCGGCCGGUUCCGCCGGGUAGGGCCAGGAGCUGGUUUGGGGAAUCACGGGGUCUUAUACUUAUUCAGGGGAGCCUCGAUUCUAUCAAUCAUUCCAUUUCAGAAUCGAGAUUUCAUAGAAGAAUAACCGAGGCCAAAAAAUCCUUUCACACCCGCUUGAAACAUGUGGCUGAAUAUAUAAGGAGGUUCACACACCCUGGACAAAUCCAUCCUGUAUCCCUUACUUGUCACCUUUACCGCUUGUCUUAUUUACCGUUUGCUUUAGCAGGUGGUUUAUGUCUGGUCCUUUCGGGUCGCCUGACCUGGGCUGAUGGCGCUUCGUAACGGCGUUUUUGUCUGGGGUCUAGCGGCUCUCUCUAAGGCUUCGAUGUACUAGUACCUGCCACCAAAACAUUGUGAAGGAUUCAGUGAACGUCUUGAAAGGCAGUAAGACAAGACAAUUCACUUUUUCCUUGUUGACUCUACCGGAGGAGUAUGAAAUCAACAACGUGUAACUGCACUAGAGAAAAUGCAGUGAAUUUCAUAAUAUAUUUUUUAUAUUCAUGAUUUAUUCCAAAGACAAGAACUCGUUCCUAAAAAACUUUCUUAUGCAAUUUAGUUGGAAAUACUCCAAACAUAACCCUAUAAUUGGUUUAAGAACCCUGAGUUGUGUUUUGAUCUUCUUCUAAAUGAUGCAGUUUCCUUGGAAAGAGUUAUCUGUUCUGCCAGUUCAGUGGCAUGCUCUCUGUCUUGGUUUGUUUGCAUCAAUAAUAGCACCUUUUGGAGGCUUUUUUGCGAGCGGCUUUAAAAGAGCUUUUAAAGUCAAGGAUUUUGGUGAUAGUAUUCCUGGACAUGGUGGAAUUACAGAUAGAAUGGAUUGCCAGAUGGUCAUGGCUGUCUUUGCAUACAUCUACCAUCAAUCGUUCAUUGAGCCACAAAGCAUCUCAGUUGAAAUGAUCUUGGACCAGAUAUUAACAAACCUUCCUUUUGAGGAGCAGCAAGCUCUAUUUGCCAAGCUUGGGCAAAUGUUGCAGGAGAGAGUGAUUGGACAUUCAUAGACCGCCCCCCCCCCCCCCCCCCCAUAUAUCCAACUCUGUAUUAUGUAAUCUUCCCUUAUUUAAGGCAUGAAGGAUGCACGGUGACCUAGAAAUGAAAGCCAAACUAUUUGUAUAUGGUGGAUGCAUUCUUUUAUUGAGCAUUACUCUGUACAGUGCAUGUUAACGAAAUUUAAACUUAACACAAAACUGUCAAUGGAGUGUAUUGCCUCUCCAUUUAUGCA